GGUCGGUGACAUUCACGCUACAUUGGUUGUUGGGAGAGGGACUGAGGUGAAGGGAGUGGCCGUGCACCUGUCAGACCUGUUCCCGACACAUGACUCCAGCGGGAUUGUCCUGUACCACAGUCUUUUGUUCAGCUUGUGUUUGUGAAUUUGAGAGAGGAGGAUGGCGGAAGCAGCAGCAAACCCAGCCGCAGCCGCGACCUCCUUCCCAGCGCCAACCAUCUCACUGCCGCGCGGUCUGGGAAUAUUGAGGACUUACUCCGGAGCUUUGAUUUGUUUGGAGAUUGUGUUUGGAGGGUUGGUAUGGAUAUUAAUAGCGUCGACGAACGUCUCCGUGCCACUGCUGCAGGGAUGGCCGAUGUUUGUGUCUGUAACCAUGUUCAUCUGUUCGUCCGUAUACCUCGCCCUCUUUAUACUGGGCCUGGCUGACAAAAUUAACACUGACUGGAAUUUUAUGGAUAUGUUCUACCAUUUCAUCGCUGUGCUGUGUUAUUUUAGUGCCUUUUUGUUGGAGGCUACAGUCUCAUCUGCGGGUGCGUAUGUAAACAGCACCUGUGUACGCAGACCCCGUGGAAAUAUAAUCACAUUUCUGGAUUAUCGACAAUACAGUAUUAAUGUCGCUGCUGCGAUAUUUGCAUUUGUAGUGACUAUUUGUUAUGGCUGUAGCAUGUUCAUGGGCUUCAGGAGGUGGAGGAAGUGAUCGGUGGAUGUGUGAACCCUCAUGGAUGUUAUCGUUCAUCAGAUGUACUGUUAUAGACAUUACUUAAAGUGAUGUCAGUUCUCUGGUUUACCACAAUGUCUCCAGGAUUUUUAUUCACAUUAAAGUCAAGAGUCAUUUAAAAACAAAACAGUACAUUUUUUCGGGUUUUGGUCAUUUGGAAUGAAUUACAUAAUGAAAGUUUAAAUUAUUUCAUAUGUUUUAUAAAGUUAUGUGUAAUCUUUCCUGGUGUUCAGGGAAGCUAAAUAGUUCACUAAAAAUUUUAUUGUUCUGUUUUAGUACCUUUUCGUAAUAGUUUUAAUGCUCCAGGAGCCAUUUAUAGUAUAAAAAAGAAAAAUAUAAAUCUUUUACAAUCUAAUAACACCCAGACAAAAGCAAUGUUUUGAAAAUUUUAGGUAGAUGCAACUGUGUAUGGCAUAUAUGCUAUAUUUAAUAUGUUUUUUCUUCAUUUGUUUUAUUGUUAUAUCUAACCAUUUGCUGUCUAGUGUUUAUACAGAGUUGGUAUUAUAUAGCAUAUAAAUAAUGUAUAGCUUAAUAAACCAUAAUUUUUUUUCCUAAAA